CGCCUCUCAUGUAUUAUUGUUUUAUUUGAAUUGUAUUUUUAUGAAAUAAACGGAGAGAGAGACAGAGAGAGAGAUGAGCGAAAACGGAGGAGGUCGGAGGAGAAGAUCGCCGCGACAAAAUCUCAUCUUUUUCCUUUCAAUUUCUCUGCAACUGAUUCCAGGCUUGGCGGAUGACCCAUUGGGUUUGAAAGAUGGGAAAAAAGCUGAAAAAAGCACUGCUACAUCUGGUAGCAGCACUGGCAUUAGAGCAUUGAUCAUAUGCCUUGGAUUGGUGGCUGUUGUGGUAUUUUCUAUAUUCCUGUUCAAGAUAUGGCAGAAGAAGAAAAGAGAAGAGCAGCAUGCCCGUCUUUUAAGACUGUUUGAAGAGGACGAUGAGCUCGAACUUGAGCUUGGCCUUCGGGAGUGAGGACCUCUGUUUGUUCAUCAAUUGAGUGUAAUAUAGUUGAGAUUUCCAUGGGUAUUCAUUAUCAGGAAAUAGUACAUCCAGUGAUUGUAAGAAUAUAGGCUUAUGUGAUGCGUAAAGAGGAGAUCUUUGGAUGGGCUCGGAUGUUUCUCGAUUUCGACCCUGUAGUUAUUGUAAUGCUAUUUUAGACAUGAAUGUUUCAGGAAACAGGUGGUUCUUGUAACAUUUUUUUGCAUCAUUCUGCAAUAUCUGGGCGGACUCCAUGGCCUUCUAGAUGCCUUGUGAAUUGCUUAUUUGCAUGUUCAAUUAUCCGAUUUGUUUAGACUGCA